AUGGGGAGGCUGCUCCCUCGCCACCCUUCCCCCCUCCUCCUCGCCGCCGCCGCUGCCGCGGCGAUCUGCAUCUCCAGCAGCAGCAUCGCUGCCGUCCGGGGCGCGCCGGUGUACCGCGCGGACUACCUGGUUGACGGGAACCAGCUGGUGGACAUGCAGUACCACAUGGGCCCCGUCGUGUCCGGGUCGCCGACCAACCUGUACCUCAUCUGGUACGGGCGGUGGGAGGCCGCGGCGCAGACCGUGCUCCGGGACUUCCUCGCCUCGCUCUCGGCGCCGGCGCCGUUCCCGGCCGUCUCCGACUGGUGGGCGCACACGCCGCGGAUGUACGCUGACCAGACGGGCGCCAACGUGACGGGCGCCUUCGCCGUCGCCGGGGAGCACUCCGACGCGGGCUACUCCCACGGCGCGUCGCUCCGGCGCAUCGACGUGCAGUCCGUGAUCCGGUCGGCGGUGUACGCGUACCCGGACCCGCUGCCGCUGGACCCCUACAGCGGCGCGUACCUGGUGCUGACGUCCCCCGACGUGCAGGUGGACGAGUUCUGCCGCGCCGUCUGCGGCUUCCACUACUUCACCUUCGCGUCCGUGGUCGGGGUCACGGUGCCCUACGCCUGGGUCGGGAACAGCGCCACGCAGUGCCCCGGCAAGUGCGCGUACCCGUUCGCCGCGGCCGCCGAGUACGGCGGCGGGGGAGCCCAGGCGGUGCUGCGGCCGCCCAACGGCGACGCCGGGGUGGACGGGAUGGUGAUCGUGCUGGGGCACGAGCUGGCGGAGAUGUCCACGGACCCGCUGGUGAACGCGUGGUACGCCGGGGACACGCCGACGGCGCCGACCGAGAUCGCGGACCUGUGCCUGGGCGUGUACGGUGACGGCGGCGGCGCGGGCGGCAUGGUCGGGAACGUGUCCCGCGCGCCCGAUGGCAGCGCCUACAACGUGAACGGCGUCAACGGCCGGCGGUUCCUCGUGCAGUGGCUCUGGAACCCCGUCCGCGGCGCCUGCUACGGCCCCAACUCCAGCAACUGA